GAAACUUGGCUAUAACUUCAAAAGAAGAUUUGGUUCUUUAUUUCUGGACUGCAUAUAUAUAACAAGGCCAUUAAAAUGUCGGGAGCCUCAGUGAAGGUGGCUGUCCGGGUAAGGCCCUUCAAUUCUCGAGAGACCAGCAAGGAAUCCAAAUGCAUCAUUCAGAUGCAAGGCAACUCGACCAGUAUUAUUAACCCAAAGAAUCCAAAGGAAGCUCCAAAGUCCUUCAGCUUCGACUAUUCCUACUGGUCUCAUACCUCGCCCGAAGAUCCCUGUUUUGCAUCUCAAAACCGUGUGUACAAUGACAUUGGCAAGGAAAUGCUCUUACACGCCUUUGAGGGAUAUAAUGUCUGUAUAUUUGCCUAUGGGCAGACUGGUGCUGGAAAAUCUUAUACAAUGAUGGGUAAACAAGAAGAAAGCCAGGCUGGCAUCAUUCCACAGUUAUGUGAAGAACUCUUUGAGAAAAUCAAUGACAACUGUAAUGAAGAAAUGUCUUACUCUGUAGAGGUGAGCUACAUGGAAAUUUACUGUGAGAGAGUACGAGAUUUACUGAAUCCAAAAAACAAGGGUAAUUUGCGUGUGCGUGAACACCCACUUCUUGGACCCUAUGUGGAGGAUCUGUCCAAGUUGGCAGUUACUUCCUACACAGACAUUGCUGACCUCAUGGAUGCUGGGAACAAAGCCAGGACAGUGGCAGCUACGAACAUGAAUGAAACAAGUAGCCGUUCCCACGCUGUGUUUACGAUUGUUUUCACCCAGAAGAAACACGAUAAUGAGACCAACCUUUCCACUGAGAAGGUCAGUAAAAUCAGCUUGGUGGAUCUAGCAGGAAGUGAACGAGCUGAUUCAACUGGUGCCAAAGGGACUCGAUUAAAGGAAGGAGCAAAUAUUAAUAAGUCUCUUACAACUUUGGGCAAAGUCAUUUCAGCCUUGGCCGAGGUGAGUAAAAAGAAGAAGAAAACGGAUUUUAUUCCCUACAGGGAUUCUGUACUUACUUGGCUCCUUCGAGAAAAUUUAGGUGGCAAUUCUCGGACUGCAAUGGUUGCUGCUCUGAGCCCCGCGGAUAUCAACUAUGAUGAGACUUUGAGCACUCUGAGAUACGCAGAUCGUGCAAAACAAAUUAAAUGCAAUGCUGUUAUCAAUGAGGACCCCAAUGCCAAACUGGUUCGUGAAUUAAAGGAGGAGGUGACACGACUGAAGGACCUUCUUCGUGCUCAGGGCCUGGGAGAUAUUAUUGAUACAUCCAUGGGGUCCCUCACUUCAUCCCCAUCUUCCUGCUCACUCAAUAGUCAGGUGGGCUUGACGUCUGUGACCAGUAUUCAAGAGAGGAUCAUGUCUACACCUGGAGGAGAGGAAGCUAUUGAACGUCUAAAGGAAUCAGAGAAGAUCAUUGCUGAGUUGAAUGAAACUUGGGAAGAGAAGCUUCGUAAAACAGAGGCCAUCAGAAUGGAGAGAGAGGCUUUGUUGGCUGAGAUGGGAGUUGCCAUUCGGGAAGAUGGAGGAACCCUAGGGGUUUUCUCACCUAAAAAGACCCCACAUCUUGUUAACCUCAAUGAAGACCCACUAAUGUCUGAGUGCCUACUUUAUUACAUCAAAGAUGGAAUUACAAGGGUUGGCCAAGCAGAUGCUGAGCGGCGCCAGGACAUAGUGCUGAGCGGGGCUCACAUUAAAGAAGAGCAUUGUAUCUUCCGGAGUGAGAGAAACAACAGCGGGGAAGUUAUCGUGACCUUAGAGCCCUGUGAACGCUCAGAAACCUACGUAAAUGGCAAGAGGGUGUCCCAGCCUGUUCAGCUGCGCUCAGGAAACCGUAUCAUCAUGGGUAAAAACCAUGUUUUCCGCUUUAACCACCCGGAACAAGCACGAGCUGAGCGAGAGAAGACUCCUUCUGCUGAGACCCCGUCUGAGCCUGUGGACUGGACAUUUGCCCAGAGAGAGCUUCUGGAAAAACAAGGAAUUGAUAUGAAACAAGAGAUGGAGAAAAGGCUACAGGAAAUGGAGAUCUUAUACAAAAAGGAGAAGGAAGAAGCAGAUCUUCUUUUGGAGCAGCAGAGACUGGACUAUGAGAGUAAAUUGCAGGCCUUGCAGAAGCAGGUUGAAACCCGAUCCCUGGCUGCAGAAACAACUGAAGAGGAGGAAGAGGAGGAAGAAGUUCCUUGGACACAGCAUGAAUUUGAGUUAGCCCAAUGGGCCUUCCGGAAAUGGAAGUCUCAUCAGUUUACUUCAUUACGGGACUUACUCUGGGGCAAUGCCGUGUACCUAAAGGAGGCCAAUGCCAUCAGUGUGGAAUUGAAAAAGAAGGUGCAGUUUCAGUUUGUUCUGCUGACUGACACACUGUACUCCCCUCUGACUCCUGAAUUACUUCCCACUGAGAUGGAAAAAACUCACGAGGACAGGCCUUUCCCUCGCACGGUGGUAGCAGUAGAAGUCCAGGAUUUGAAGAAUGGAGCAACACACUAUUGGUCUUUGGAGAAACUCAAGCAGAGGCUGGAUUUGAUGCGAGAGAUGUAUGAUAGGGCAGGGGAGAUGGCCUCCAGUGCCCAAGACGAAAGCGAGACCACUGUGACUGGCAGCGAUCCCUUCUAUGAUCGGUUCCACUGGUUUAAACUUGUGGGGAGCUCCCCCAUUUUCCACGGCUGUGUGAAUGAGCGCCUUGCCGACCGCACACCCUCCCCCACUUUUUCCACGGCUGAUUCCGACAUCACUGAGCUGGCUGACGAGCAGCAAGAUGAGAUGGAGGAUUUUGAUGAUGAGGCAUUCGUGGAUGACGCCGGCUCUGACGCAGGGACGGAGGAGGGAUCAGAUCUCUUCAGUGACGGGCAUGACCCGUUUUACGACCGAUCCCCUUGGUUCAUUUUAGUGGGAAGGGCAUUUGUUUACCUGAGCAAUCUGCUGUAUCCUGUGCCCCUGAUCCACAGGGUGGCCAUCGUCAGUGAGAAAGGUGAAGUGCGGGGAUUUCUGCGUGUGGCUGUACAGGCCAUUGCAGCGGAUGAAGAAGCUCCUGAUUAUGGCUCUGGAAUUCGACAGUCAGGAACGGCUAAAAUAUCUUUUGAUAAUGAAUACUUUAAUCAGAGUGACUUUUCGUCUGUUGCAAUGACUCGUUCUGGUCUGUCCUUGGAGGAGUUGAGGAUUGUGGAAGGACAGGGUCAGAGUUCUGAGGUCAUCACUCCUCCAGAAGAAAUCAAUCGGAUGAAUGACUUGGAUUUGAAGUCAAGCACUUUGCUGGAUGGUAAGAUGGUAAUGGAAGGGUUUUCUGAAGAGAUUGGCAACCACCUGAAACUGGGCAGUGCCUUCACUUUCCGAGUAACAGUGUUGCAGGCCAGUGGAAUCCUCCCAGAGUAUGCAGAUAUCUUCUGUCAGUUCAACUUUCUGCAUCGCCAUGAUGAAGCAUUCUCCACGGAGCCCCUCAAAAACAAUGGCAGAGGAAGUCCCCUGGGCUUUUAUCAUGUGCAGAAUAUUGCCGUGGAGAUCACUGAAUCGUUUGUGGAUUACAUCAAAACCAAGCCUAUUGUAUUUGAAGUCUUUGGGCAUUAUCAGCAGCACCCGCUUCAUCUGCAAGGACAGGAGCUUAACAGUCCGCCUCAGCCAUGCCGCCGAUUCUUCCCUCCACCCAUGCCUCUGUCCAAGCCAGACCAUGAGAGAAAGAUUGAGCUGAUUCGGUUUCUCGUGUCUGGCUAUGUGAAUGUGCAUGUGUUGGACACAUUUUCUGAGCACGCCAGUGUGCUUGCAUCCUCCGCUAUUGCCACCUUCCAGGAUGAGGCUGACCCAUUGCCGCCUUUUCUCUUUCUGCCAGUUCCCAGCUGCCAGAGCGAGAGGGUACCCAAACGAGAUGCAUCACCAACUCAUGUGAAACUCAGCUGGGCUGAAUACUGGUAUAUCCCAGCUGUGGUUGACCAUACAGCAGGCUUGCCUUGCCAGGGGACAUUUUUGCUUCAUCAGGGCAUCCAGCGAAGGAUCACAGUGACCAUUAUCCAUGAGAAGGGGAGCGAGCUCCAUUGGAAGGAUGUUCGUGAACUGGUGGUCGGUCGUAUUCGGAAUAAGCCUGAGGUGGAUGAAGCUGCAGUUGAUGCCAUCCUCUCCCUAAAUAUUAUUUCUGCCAAGUACCUGAAGUCUUCCCACAACUCUAGCAGCACCUACCCUGUCUGCUUUCAGCUGGAUCAUUGCAUCCAGCCAGCUGUCAUCACCAAGGAUGUGUGCAUGGUCUUCUAUUCCCGAGAUGCCAAGAUCUCACCACCACGCUCUCUGCGUAGCCUCUUUGGCAGUGGCUACUCGAAGUCACCAGAUUCGGGCAUGCAGAGAAGGAGAAGAAAAAUCUUAGAUACCUCAGUGGCAUAUGUGCGGGGAGAAGAGAACUUAGCAGGCUGGCGGCCCCGUGGAGACAGUCUCAUCCUUGAGCACCAGUGGGAGCUGGAGAAGCUGGAGCUCCUACAUGAGGUGGAAAAAACCCGCCACUUUUUGCUGCUGCGUGAGAGACUUGGUGACAGCAUCCCCAAAUCCAUGAGUGACUCGUUAUCCCCCAGCCUCAGCAGUGGGACCCUCAGCACCUCCACCAGUAUCUCCUCUCAGAUCUCAACCACCACCUUUGAAAGUGCCAUCACACCCAGCGAGAGCAGUGGCUAUGAUUCGACAGACAUCGAAAGCCUGGUGGACCGAGAGAAAGAGCUGGCUACCAAGUGCCUGCAACUUCUCACCCACACUUUCAACAGAGAAUUCAGCCAGGUGCACGGCAGCAUCAGUGACUGUAAGUUGUCUGAUAUCUCUCCAAUUGGACGGGAUCCCUCUGAGUCCAGUUUCAGCAGUGCCACCCUCACCCCCUCUUCCACCUGCCCCUCUCUGGUAGACUCUAGGAGCAACUCUUUGGAUCAGAAGACCCCAGAAGCCAAUUCCCGGGCCUCUAGUCCCUGCCCAGAAUUUGAACAGUUUCAGAUUGUCCCAGCUGUGGAAACGCCCUAUUUGGCCCGAGCAGGAAAAAACGAAUUUCUCAAUCUUGUUCCAGAUAUUGAAGAAAUUAGACCAGGCUCAGUGGUCUCUAAGAAAGGAUACCUUCAUUUCAAGGAGCCACUUUACAGUAACUGGGCUAAACAUUUUGUUGUCGUCCGUCGGCCUUACGUCUUCAUCUAUAACAGUGACAAAGACCCUGUGGAGCGUGGAAUCAUUAACCUGUCCACAGCACAGGUGGAGUACAGUGAGGACCAGCAGGCCAUGGUGAAGACACCAAACACCUUUGCUGUCUGCACAAAGCACCGUGGGGUCCUUUUGCAGGCCCUGAAUGACAAAGACAUGAACGACUGGUUGUAUGCCUUCAACCCGCUUCUUGCUGGCACAAUACGGUCAAAGCUUUCCCGCAGAUGCCCGAGCCAGCCGAAAUACUAAGUGACUCUGCCGAGUGCCCUCACUCACCUUCGAGAGAUAAAACGUUACCUCUCAUUUCUCUUUGUGAUUCUUGACGGUGACUCUUGUAUGUAAUCCUGUGGCUUAACUACUUCUCCCUCCUUGUCCAGCACUUUUCCAGCUCUCCCGUCCCCAUCUCCAUUGCUCUGUACUCUUUUCUUUUUUCCUGUGCUGAGAAUCUUGUUAGUAGCAUGUGGCCUAACAAAAGGAAAAAAUGUUUUUAAAUACACACAAACACACACACACAAACACAAAAGCGCUGAGGGGAUCUGGUGAAUCUCCAAAUAAUUGUGGGUGUACUUUGGCUUCCUUUUGUAUGAUAGGUCCCCAUCAUGACCACCUCUGAUGUCUGUGCUGCUGUCACCAGACACCUUUGUCUGUUUUUGAAGACAACAUGAUACUUUUUUCUUCUUUUCUCUGUUUGUGAUAUCACUUUAAUUUUUCUUGGGUGGCUUAGAGACUAAGGGAAGAGACUAAGGGAAGAGACAUCUGGCCUUUUUAGAACCUGAGAGGAAAAAAACAAUCGUUUUUUCCCCCUCUGUCUCUUUUUGCCAAGGCUAAUCCCUGCAUUUCCAUUCGGGGAAAAGGUAGUGGUGAGCAUAGAACUGGAACAGUUAUAUUCUGAGUCAAAGUUGGGGCUUUUUAGAGCAUAAUUAUGGAAUUUUUAUUUACUGGUAGAGAGGAGAAGAGAGGCUUUUUCAGUGGGCCUGGGACAGUGGCUGCUCUUGACCUCGUGUGAAGGGAAAUGCCAAGGAUGCUUCGGGUAGACUUCAGGGGACCCCAGGGUUUGGCUGUGGGCCAUGAGGGCAGCAGGCGGUGGGAUGCUUGUAGCUCCUCACAGCAGGAUUCCUGCCCACUGUUUUUUCUCUGCUGGGAGGGAAGCUCUUUUCUAGGAGUGUCUCAGUUCUGAUUUUGGCAUUAGUGAUGGUGGUGGUACAGUUGGAAUUAGUGCCAUGUCAUACAUAAAUGUUCCACAAGGCGGGAGUGUUUCACUUUCUGGUGAUAAACUUGAUGGUCACUGUUAUGAUUAAGAUAAUGCUGGGUAGGCUGGGCACAGUGGCUCACGCCUGUAAUCCAAGCACUUUGGGAGCCCGAGGCGGGCAGAUCACGAGGUCAGGAGUUCACGACCAGCCUGGCCAAUAUGGUGAUACCCCAUCUCUACUAAAAAUACAAAAUUAUUCAGCAUGGUGGCGCACUCCUGUAAUUCCAGCUACUUGGGAGCCUGAGGCAGGAGAAUUGCUUGAACCCAGGAGGCAGAGGUUGCAGUGAGCCAAGAUCGCACCACUGCACUCCAGCCUGAGUGACAGAACAAGACUCCAUCUCAAAAAAAAAAAAAAAAAAAAAAAGAUUAUGCUUUAGUGACCUUGUGAUUGUUACAGCUCCCUUUGAUCAAAGAAAUGUAGCUUUCAGGCAUACACUUGGAAGUCUCCCUCUGAAUCCAGCAGUCAUUUUCACUGAUGCUUGUCAAGUUGAAAAUGCUUUCAGUGAUGCUCUCUAUACUCAUAAAUAAGCAAAUGUGGCAGGCUUUGCUUUCUGGAUCCCAGGAUUAAAACUAACCACGACCACUACUCCCAACAAAACACAAUAUGCCUAGGGACACAGAAGAGCGUCCAGGGAGCCUGGGCCCCAGCGUUUGUUGCGUAUUCCCUGCUCCUCUCCAUGUGGUGUGGAAACUGCCCAGGGAGAACGGAGGAUGCUCACUGUGGACAGAGUCUUCUUUCCUUCUGACAGACCAGGUCAUCUGGCUUCUGAGACCAUCAGAGAAGAUAAGUCUGUCUCUUUCAGCUGCCAGCAAGUUUUCCAGGAUAAGAGGGGAAAAGGAAAGCCUCCAGAGACUUCAGUUGCUUUGCCAGUUGUCUUGGGAUUGUUUUACACCAUCCUUUACUUCCCUUGCUCAGACCUCUCUGUUGCACCAUCGCUCAGGCAUUCAGGAAAGUAUCUGCUCGCUCCUACUUGGUGAGGUCCUCGGCCUUGAGGUUGCUGACUCUCAGGCGAUAGGUAGCUGGAUGACCUCCCGCUUCAUGCAGCAAAGGCCAGGGCCUCGCACGCCUCUGCAGAGUUGUUGCUAGGGAGACUUGUGUCAUCGUCCACACCUUUGUUUCUCACUUCCUGGUUGGGCUCAUCUCUGAAGAACAGGUCUCCCAGCUUCGAUCCUUAUCACUGCAUUGUGAAGAGGAGGAAAAGUGAAUCACGGAGAGAGAAAGGAGAGGAUAGAAUCACAGGCUGUGUCUAUACCUGAAAAGUGACCAGCAGAAACUCUAUGGUGGAUUUUUUUAAAAAUUUUCUUCCUCCCGUUAAAACAUAGGUCACUAACUCUGAUGUUAUUUGUUUUCUAAGUGGUAUGUGAGAUUUUUUAACGUAGUUAGAAGUUUCAUUGUCUGAUGGACACAAUAUGCCCUUCUGGUUCUAUUCAAACCAGCAGGAUCUGUUGGUGCUUAGAGAUGGCUGCCUGGACUGGAAUCAAAUCUAAUUUCAGGGAAAUGAAGAUGGAAUUUGAAGGUCACUUUUAAAAUUAAGUCAUUGAUGCUGCUGUUACAAAGUGUGACAGAGGAUCCAUGUCUGUGACACAGGACGGUGGGAAGCCUGAGAGUUUGAAAUUAUGUGAUACACUGAAAUGACUUCGGUUUUUCUUCCAACUCAUACAAAACUGGUUUGGUAAGUCUUUGCUUUGGAAGUAUCAGACAUUAGAACAGGCCAAACUGGACUGUCUGUUCAUAGCGUGCCCGGAUAAGAAGGCCUCUUAGGGAGCCAGAAGGAGCAGAGUGGUCGUGUUCUGCAUGCUCUCCACCCUCCGGGGAGCCCCUGCUGUGGCUGGCAGGUGCAGACAGCCUCUGCUGGCCCCCAGCACGUCCAGGGUGGGUGCUCCUUUGCCCGACAGAACCAUCCCCACUCUGAAGCUCUGAGAGAAGAUUUGUGGCAGGAACGGUUUAUGAGGCUCUAGUUGUUGCUGUUGUGGUGGAAAAGUUAAGAAACCCAGCCCUUAAGGAAACCACCUUUAUUUAUUUAUUUAUUUUCUUAAAGAACGCCUUUAAAUAAGCAAAAAAUGUAAAAGGCAGGAAAGAGAAUUCUUAGGCAAAUUCAAAGAAAUGAGUGCUAGUUAAAACUAAUCACCUCCUCCUCUCUUUCUCAUCCUCCUUUCUCCCGUUAAAGCAAAAUAUGGCCUCACUACCAGCCCCAAAUCGAUGCUCAGACCGUCUCUGUGUCUGUGUCCCCUCCUGGGAGUCAGUCAGCGCUCAGGCCAGGACUGUGCAGGGUUGGCCAGCCCAUGCGCUAGUCAGGAGCACAGGCAAGGGCUGCCUGUGGCAGUGGCCGGGCACCUGAGCCCCAGCUCGUUGUUAAACGUGCUGACCGCAAGGGGCAAUGGAGUGAGUUUCCCAACUGAAAAACCACUAUUACAUGUUUUUUUUCCCUUCAGUCAUAUAGACUUCAGAUAACUGCUCCUAGUUUUUACGGAUUUUUCAGCUCAUUUCAGAUGAAGGAACUAAGUCAUUGUGAACUGUCUCUUGGGAUCUAAAAACAAGAUGACUUUGCCUGGCACAUAUUCCAAAGCAAAGACUUUGUUGCCUGCUGCUUAUUGUCUAAUUUACAGGGAUAUUUAAUUUUGUCAGGUCUAUGUAUAUUUAUCCAGCUAUACUUACUUGCACAGUGGAUUGGAGAGAAGAGAUCCUCCAGUGUGCACACUCAUCGCUGCUCUUUCCGCAUUUCCCUCAUGCUGUGUCCCGCUCGGGUUCCAAGGGACGGUAUCAGGGCUUGUUUCACUUGGGUCUUUCAGUUUUUCCUUUGGUUCCCUUUUAAAAUGUGAUUGUUAACCUGCCCCUUAAAAAGAAAAAAUUCAGCCGGGCGUGGUGGCUCACGCCUGUAAUCCCAGCACUUUGGGAGGCCAAGGCAGGUGGAUCACCUGAGGUCAGGAGUUCGAGACCAGCCUGGCCAACAUGGUGAAAUCCCGUCUCUACUAAAAAUACAAAAAGUAGCCAGGCGUGGUGGCGUGUGCCUGUAAUCCCAGUUACUCGGGAGGCUGAGCCAGGAGAAUCGCUUGAACCUGGGAGGUGGAGGCUGCAGUGAGUUGAGAUUACACCAUUGCACUCCAGCCCAGGUGACAAAGCAGGGCUCUGUCUCAAAAGAAAAGAUUGAUUUUGCUGCUGCUCCCAGAAGGUUUGCUGGAUGUGUUUACAUAGGACUCUAACUUGUGUGCACUACAGUUGUUCACCAGGGCCAGUGAUUCACCCUGGUGUGUGGCCAGACCAUGACUGUGUAGGAGGAAUGUUUUAAUUUGUGCUUCCUUAGUAAAUUGAAAUAUCAGCUGAGAGAUUAUUUGCUGCUAUUGUUCAAAAGGCCAUUUAUGAAGUUAGUAUUUGAGCCCCAUAGGAUCUUUAAAAAGCCUCCAGUCAUUUAAAGGAGGAAAUCAGAGUUGCUAUAAAAUUCAUGUAAAAAGCUCACAGCCAAACGGCUGUGCUUGGAUGGAAAGUCUGAGCUGAGGUUGGUCUCUUGCCAAACCCUGGCUGUUGUGUGUUGUUCUUCAUGUCUUCGAGUUCUUUUUUUUUUUCAUUCUGCGUAUUCUGGCAUCAGUUCACCUGAGGAGUCCACCAGCCUUCUUGUAUUUAAGGCAUCGUCUUAGAUUUUGUGGCUCUAAAGUACUUGUCUGUUGAGAUUGCAAGUCUCUUGUCACCAUCCUCACACAUGACAACAAAACCCAUAAUGCAUAAGUGGCCUUUUUGAACCAAGACUUUGCAAACUGAUCUCUCCCCAGUGAAGGAGUUGAGCACAUUAGCAACAAUGUACAUUAUUAAUUUUGGAUUUUCAUUUUCAUGUUUUAUUUUGUAAAUAUUAUCUGAUGUUUGGAGCUUGAGUAUACAGACUGUAAAUAUAGUUCUUGUAUUUGUACUAAUUCUGAUUCUUUUGCUGUAUAGCCUUAGAUGUGCAAUGCAGACAUUAUCUAACUGUGUAUGGUAACCUUGCAUCACGGAACUAUUAGUGAACGAGGUAAAAAUAAUAAAGGUACAGCCAGUGCAUC